CCGGCCGUCGCCCAGACACACACGCACACGCACACAGGACACACGCAGACACACACACAUAUACAUGUACAUAGCGCAUUCACACAUGAACACGGCACCGGACGUUACGUUUCGUUUCGGGCGCGCUUUGCUGGGCAUGGUGUGCACCCAGCUAGCCAGCCAGCCAGCCAGACAGGCAGACAGACAGACAGACAGGCAGACAGACAGGCAGACAGGCAGACACUGAACGGACAGGUGUGUAUGUAUCGCUGGUAGGCAACAGCGUGGUUCGUACUCGCUGUCCACUCACUCACUCACUCACUCACACUGACAUCACAUCCAUAAACACCCACACAUCCGCUCAUCCACGACGCUUGAUCUGUGCCCCUAAUCGGGGCAGACACACGCAUUCACCGCCACAACACGUACCGGACACGGACGCUUUUCUGGCUGCAUGACCCGACUUCUUCUCUUCAAACAGUGCACUCGUCAUCCCCUUUGCAAAAGUGAGUGCGCGUACACCCCUCCCUCCCUCCCUCCCCCGCCCCUUGCUUACACAAGCACAAGCAGCAGCAGCAACAGCACUACCGACCGUCCCUGUAGUGAGAACACGCUGACAGACAGACAGACAGACAGGCAGACAGAAACACACAAAUCAAAUCAAAUCAAAUGAAAUGAAGUGGAGGAUGCACACCCCACCCACACACCGCAUCCAUCCAGUCAGUGCUGGCAAGCAGUGAUCAGCCCACGCAAUCAAACACAAAAUAGAGCCAACGGUCAAAAGAGACCGGGCAGACAAACGCACGGACACGCCUCACUUCAACACAUACACAUCUUCUUCAGCUGGCCAUCCAUCUGAGCCAGCCUGUCAUGUAGCCUAUGAGCGUCGGCGGUUGCUGCGGGUGCUGCAUUGUGUGGUCUGUCAGCACCAGACGAGCGCGCGACGACCGGCCCCUGUUGGAGUGGGUGCGGGUGGCACGGCCCACGGGGGUGAGAUGCUGAUGCUUCCUCAAGGGCGUGUAAGGCGGGACGCACGAGCGGACAUGCUUGAGACCGAUGAACACACGCGCAGGGUCGUCGGCAUCCACUAGUAUCACCAUCUCGGCCUGACGUGAGUGAGAGAAGAAGGUGAGAAACAACAUCUUGUUUCUGGAGGGGUGUGUCCCUGCCUGCCUGCCUGUGCGUGCGUCUGUCUGUGUAAGAGGUGAGUGACCUGACCUUGCACUGCUGCUGUGUGCUGUUGGGGUUGGUGAUGAUGACGGACACGUUGAGCUCGGGUGGGUGAGUGGAGAGGUCGCCCUUGAGCCAGUUGAGGGUCCAGCUGUUGAACAGCGGCGACAUCGGCAUGCCCUCCAGCGACUCACCCGCCCACAGAUUCAGCAGCUCGCUCGACUCCAACACUAUCUCCUCCUGCACCGCACCAGCAAUGAUCCCAAUGGGGAGCGGCUUGUUCGUUCGUGUGUUCCUCCCGGUUUUGUUACCUGCACGUCAGCGAUGAUGCUUGCAUCGAGAGUGGCGUCGGCGAGCCGGUCGAGGAGGUGCACACGCUGCUCUAGGUAAGCCGUGGUCCUCUUGCGAUCCGUCACGUCCUGACGUGUGGACAGAGAAGCGUGGUGGACAAUGCAACCAGGGCAGGGCAGGGCAGGGCCGGCUCGUGUGUGUCUCUCUCUCUCUGAUGUGUACCGUAUUGUACCUACCUGAAUGUACCCGUACACGACGGUCGAUGUGGGCGAGGAUCGACGGCCGCCACAGCGGAAGAAUCUCACCUCACCGUCAGCUCGCUCAUACAUAAUCUGGACACACACACACAUACACACACAGCGGCAUGAGCAUCGCCGACUGACGGCUCUCCGAGUGGGCACCUCCACCCACCUCCAUCUCGUAGGGGUCUCCGUGAUCGGCGCAGCGGAUGAUGGCCUCUUCAAUUUUGACGCGAUCAGCUCCUACCACAUGCUGUGUCCAGAAGCCACUCAGACGUUUGUCGCGCACCCCGUCAUCGACGAACGAAGCAACGGGCACGGGCGGCACCGAGAUUGCCACAUCCUCGGCGACGCCCUCCGCCUGCCCGACUACAGCCACUCCGCCCUGUUUCUUGGGCGAUGCGACGUACUGGGCCAUGCGGCUGUUGCCGGAUGGGACACUGGCCACCGGCGUGGUGUUGCCCCCCGACUCGGUCGACGAAGACGGGGGCCCGCUGUUGUCGUCUUUGCUCGGUGCGCGCGUCUCAGACAAGUCCUUGCUGAUGGGAGGGGUGACGGUACGCGACACUGCUGUCUUGUCCUUGUGGACGCUGUAGCCUGUGCUGCUCACGCCCGUCAGGGAGGGAGGGGCCGCCAGCUUGAGGCGCGACAGUGGGUGGGAGGGGUACUUGAAGGCAGUUGAGGCGACCGACUUCUCCGAUUUGGCCAUGUCCGGAACGAGGGCCUGCUCGAGAGCACGGCGGGGGAAGGCGCCAGGGUGCUCCGAUCCGCGGGAGCGACCGGUCAGAGCCUCGAUCACACGCGUCUGAGAUUCAACCACAUCACACCACAUCCACCAUGACGCAGGACGUGCGGUGCGCAUGUGGUGGAGCUGGUUUGGUUUAUGUGGGUCUGGUCACCCGCCCACCUGGUAGAAGUCGGUCUGGACGUUGCCCGCCGAGUCCCACUCCCUGCAGAUAGUCACCACCACACAACACAACACCACAUCACACCCUUGCUGUAUGUCGGAUGACUGACUGUCUGUCUUGUGCCGUAGGUACGUACCAAGCAGCGAUGUCGACCAUGUAAGCGAAAGACUCGAGCAGACGACGGCGCUGGCCCUUCUCACGGGCAACCUGACCAAGACCAAACGGACAGACUGGUUGGCUGGUGUCUCCUGCCUGUGGUUGCUGCUAACCUUACCUUGUCCGUCUGGAACAAAGCGCUGCGAUAGAAGUACUCCACUUGACGUGAGGCGGCGAUCAUCAGAAUGCCCACAACUGUACAUAAAGAAAGAAAGGAAGAACGAGAAGCGCGACAGACAGAGAGGCACAGGAGAGACAGGUAGGUAAGAGGUGCGUUAGGCUGGGUCAGCUGGGUGUUGCGUGCGGUGCAGUGCGGUGCGCUCACUGGGGUAGAAGCAGGUGUAGAUGGGCGACCCGAACACGUAAUUGGCCACGUAUCUCAGCACUUGGUGGACGAGAAUCAGCCACGACGUCGCGAACGAAUCGCACCUGACAUGCGCCACAGUCACCACCUGCCCAGCCCAGCCCAGCCCAGCCAUGUGUGUGGUACUGACUUGAAGAUCAUGAAGGCCAGUGCAGCGACAGCGACGUUCUGAAAUUCCGCAGCGACAUAGUGCUCAAACUCGGGCUUCAGGAUGAUGAUGCCAGGGACCUCUGGGUGCUCGGCCUCCUUCCACGCCAUCAGCUGGCUGCUGCCGAACAUGUCGCGAAGCUUGCCGAUGAAGUGCACCUGGCUGCUCACAGCGACGCUCGUCGCAAGGAAAAAGCCGUACAACACGUACCUGGGGGACACACAUCAUGAGAUGAGCCACACAGCAGAGCAGUGUGUCCGGGACUUUUGGUGCGUGUGUGUGCUGUGGUCUGGAGUGGUGUCACCAUUCGACGCGAUAGUAGGGCUGCAACACGUCGUCAAGCGUGGCCACGAGCCUGCUGGCGCUCCGGCCAUCCGGGGAGCCCGUCCAGAGGUCGCUGUGGUCGCCUUUGGUCAUGGCCAUGCACAGGUACCAGCGGACGAUCUGCUUGUGGAAGAGGCCGUAGAAGACCACGACGAUGGACAUGACCAGGGGCGUGCCGAUGCGCGGCCAGAAGGCCUCGAGGCCGACGUUGGUCCACACAUUCGUCUGAAGCUGGAUGGCAAGGGCGAUGGCGAAGCCGAUUAUCGCCAGGGACACAAUCACGCCCAGGAGCUGGCCGGGGACACACACAAGCACAAGCACAGGAGCAUGACGGCAGAGUCUCAGUGCAUUCUGCAGUGGUGCUUGCGCGUGUGCGUGUGUCGCAUCAAUCCACCCACCUUGGCGGUUUCUCUUGUGUCUUCCCUCUUGAGCUUCAGGUAUUGUUUCUCGAGCUGCUGGUCUUUGAACCUCACCCGAGCCCACGGCAGGCAGGCCCACUCGCUCUCGCACCCGAUCUGCGUCCACUGCGUACGCAGCGUCCGGGAGAACCUCGAGCAGUAGGCCCAUGUGGAUGGCGGCAGCACCAUGUCGAUGGCUGUGGCCAGCGGGGGAGGCGAUGCGCUCUGCAUGCUGGCCUCCUUCAUCUUGCAGCCAGCCAAGAUCUGCGAGUCUGCGACCACCGUGGGAAAUAAGCAGGGUUUGAAACCCU